AUGCCUCGUGGUCAGAAGAGUAAGCUCCGCUCUCGUGAGAAACGUCGCCAGGCCCAGGAGCAGACUCAGGAGCCCCAGGAGGCUCAGGUGUCUGAAGCUGCGGAGCCUUCCACCCUUUCUGCUGGUGAGGGUACUAGCCAGGGCUCCCCUGCUGCUGGAAAACCCCAGGCUCCUCAGAAAGCUUCCAAGGCCAGCACACAGGUCAAGGGCCGUGCAGCUCACUCCCACCCAAGAGGGAAAAAAAAUAUUGAGAUCCAAGAUAAUGAAAAGCCCAGUACCUCGAAGGCCUCACCCUCCACCGAGAACCCCCACGGAGACCUUCUCACCAGGAAAGAAAACUUGCUGGUGCAAUACCUGCUGCGCAAGUUCAAGAUGAACGAGCCCAUCAUAAAGGCAGACCUACAGAGGCUGAUCACUAGAAAGCACCGGAAGAGCUUCCCUGAGAUACUGCAGAGAGCCUCUGAGCGCCUGGAGCUAGUGUAUGGCCUUGACCUGAAGGAAGUCAGCCCCAGGGGUCAGUCCUAUACUCUGACCCACAAGGUUCUGAAGCCCAUCAAAGCUCCUAUGGCUCUUGAAAAAGAGUUUACAAAGAUCGGCCUCCUGAUGCCUAUCCUGGGCUUGAUCUUCAUGAAUGGCAGCCGCUCCAGUGAGAAAGAGAUCUGGGAAUUCCUGAAUAUGCUGGGGCUCUACGAGGGGAAGCAGCACCACAUCUUUGGGGAUCCCCAGAAGGCCAUGAUAGAUUACGUGCAGGAAGAGUAUCUGCAGUACGUCCAAGUGCCCAAAACCAAUCCUCCACGCUACGAAUACCUGUGGGGUCCCAGGGCCCACGCUGAAACCAGCAAGCUGAAAGUCCUCAAGUUUUUGGCCAGGAUCCAUGGGUGUACACCCACUGCCUUCACAUCCCACUAUGAAGAAGCGCUGCGAGAAGAGCUGGAGAACACCAAGAUCACCGAUGUAGCUGAGAAUGAUCCUCCAGCCACCACUGAGAUUCAUACCCAGGCUAAGGCCAAGGCCGAGGCCCAGGCCGAGGCCGAGACCCAGGCCGAGGCCGAGGCCAAGGCCGAGACCCAGGCCGAGGCCAAUAUCUCCCCCAUCGUUGAUUGA